CUUACCUUUCCUGAUGCUUGACUAGUUAGCCAAACCUAACCAAACUACCCCGACGACCAUCUAUAAUCUUGCUCGUUAAAAUCCGCAGUAAUUCCAUAAGUAUCAGGCUGAUUCUGCCUUUCCCCGCACAUCGUCAGAUAUCCUCGCUAAAAUCACUGGUUCUUACAGCCUCGGCCAAGAAGGUAUAUCAUGUAUUCUGUAGUAACGAAUGGUUAUAAAAGGCGGCAUCCUCCCAUUGGAGUAUAAGGUUGGUAUCCCUUCUUGUUCGUCACUUCAAUCCAAGCCUUCCCCGUCAUCAUGUUAUCCACCCUUCUCUUUUCAUUCUUGGGGCUAGUGGGCCUGACUCUCGGGCAUGGAAACAGUCACGGAAACCAAAAGCACGAGUGUGCCGACAUUCGUCUUCCCCUGUUCAACGAGUUCAAGGUCCUUGAUAUCUGGGCGGAAGGUCUACGAUUACGCCUCCGGCGGCGCAUCCGGGCUUAACUUCUGCAAUCUCACCGCCGCCAUUACUCACAACAACGCGGGCGAUUACGUCUAUGUCCACGUCUGGCUCCCUUUGGAGGGAUGGAACGGUCGAUUCUUGGCAACGGGAGGUGGCGGUCUUGUGGCUGGUUCCGACACCAACUUGCCCGUACCAGUCUCUCAAGGUUACGCUGCUGGUGCCACAGAUGCUGGCUUAACUUUAAACCAUACAAUUGACCCGACCUCAGGUCUCUGGACCUUGAACAGUGACAACAGCCCCAAUUGGGAGCUGGUUGAAAAUUUUGCUAAGAGGUCGAUCCAUGACUUGACUGUACUUGGAAAGGAGGCUGUCAAGGCAUACUACAAGAAAAAGCCUCAUCACUCAUAUUAUAGUGGGUGCUCCACUGGCGGCCGACAAGGCUACGCUGCGGCCCAAUACUAUCCGAACGAUUUCGAUGGAAUUAUGGCUGCCGCCCCCGCAUAUUUCUCUCCCAGGUUGACGCCGGGCCUGUUCUGGCCUUCUGUCGUCUUGGGGAACAUUAUUGCUCCGCCUCAAUGUGUCUUCGAGGCAUAUGAGGCCGACAUCAAUGCAUUCUGUGAUCCGCUUGAUGGAGCAGUCGAUCAAUUGGUCGGAGAUCCCGAUCACUGUAAUUAUGAUCCUAGGAAACUGAUUGGUACGACCAUCAAUUGUGAUCAGACAGGUGGGGAGAUUAGCAUCAAUGAUGAGCACGCACAAGUGGUUGAGAGAAUCCUUGAAGGCGCGCGGGGUAUUAACGGAGACUUCCUGUGGUAUGGUCUGGCUCCUGGGGCAGGUUUUAACGGAAUGGCCAACACGAGAACGACCGAGAAUGGAACCGUCGCGGUCCCAUUUGACGCUGCGGAGAUUUGGAUCAGAUUCCUCGUCCUCCAAGACCCGGACUAUAACACUGCGGCUAUGACCUUCGCCGACUUCGAGCGCAUCCAUCAUAGAAGUGUGGAACUUCUCAGCCCAAGAAUCGGGACUGACGACGCGGACCUCUCUGCCUUCCAGAGGGUUGGUGGCAAGCUUAUAACCUGGCAUGGAUAUUCCGAUCAGCUUAUCUCCCACGAGAGCUCUAUUCGCAUGCGAGAAGUGUUAGAGAAGAAUAUGGGCAAGCGAAAUGUCGAAAAGUUCCAACGGCUCUUCCUCGCUCCUGGUGCAGCGCAUUGCCGCGGAGGUUUGGGACCAGUCCCAGCCGAUCCUCUGACUUCCGUUGUGGCAUGGGUAGAAAGGGGUGAUGCUCCGCGAACGCUGUUCGCAUCUACAACAGCGGGUCCGGGUGGAGUUAACAUAACGAGGAACCUUUGCCCUUGGCCUCAGAUUUUGACAUACAAGGGUGGAGAUGUAAAUUCCGCAGAGAGCUUCAAGUGUAAAUAAGGAGACUAGACAACCCAUUACUUAGCAUAUCA